UUAUCCUUGAGGACGAUACCUAGUAGGUGAACAAUUAGUUCCUUCAUCGUGAAUUUUUUCUUAGGAAACCACGAGUUACAGACGGCAGCUUCCUCUACAACUUUUCUACUUGGAGGUUGUUGAAAUGCAGGCAACCUUCGACCAGUCAAAUAUUCAGAAAUUAAUCUGUUAAUCCAGGAAGUGUCUCUGUUGCAACAGUGCCCAACCAACUUUCACGACUUCCACACCAAAUUCAGCCUCGGAAAACUUAACACUAUUCAAGGGCGAUUGGAUGAUGAUAUAAAAGUUACCAUGAAUUCCGUGUCAGGUAAGUGUGCUUUUCUUGUGGCUUUUAUGUACACUUCAGAAACAAUGAAAGAAAUUAUUAAGCUUAUUUUUGACAUGAUAGAUUUAAUGAAACAAUUGGAGUCAUUCAAGGAGAAGAAAUCUGCAUUUACGGAUGCAGUGCAUAUGAAUUUUCCGACUGAUGCUGAGGCUAACUUAAUUCUAUUCGGUCAGUCUUCUAAAAAAAUCCAAAAGAAGAGAGAGUUUCGUAAACAACUCUUGAAUCUCUUACAAUUUGUAGACUGCAAAUUUAGCCAAUUUUAUCUCAUUAUGACUCUAGAAAAACAAUGAGAAACCUACCUGAUUGCCUAAUUCAUGGGCCCAAUUUACAUUACAUAGCACGAUCAAGAAACCAAGAUUAAAAUAUUCCACUUUUUACCAACUUAGUAAAAGUAGGCACUGAAAAGAUUAUCUGACGUUUAGACUCUGUGAUGUCAAAUUUCGGUAGAGAAUUCAAUGAUGAGAAUGAUUUCAAGAAAACUGUAGAUGUAUCAACGCAAAACGAUUUGCAUGACUUGGGAGAUAAAUUAAAAAAGUGUCAGAGAACAAAGGAUAUCAGCAGUGACAAUGACA